AUGUCCUCCACAGCUGCAGCCCAGCCCCAGCUGGCAGAGAAACCCGCUGCGCUGGAUCGUCCUGACAAGAGACCCUACCCAGGAACCCCACCAUCUGAGAAUGCCCGAGGAAGCUACUCUGACGACGACGGCGACGACGACGACAUCAAUGACGACGACGACGGUGAUGGACACUCACUUAAGAGCUUUGGGCAGUCUUCUGCUCAGACCGGAACCAUUGACAACGCCCGAGACCGAGAUUCGACGGCCCAGCCCCCCCUAAAGACCCGCAAAAAGCCCGGUCGCAAGCCCAACCCAGCCUCGCCCGCCGUCAGGAAGGAGCAGAACAGAGCUGCCCAGCGCGCCUUCCGCGACCGGAAAGAGCGUCAUCUUCAGCAGCUUGAAAACAUGAUAAAGGAGCUCAAGGACACGCACCACCACGCCAGCGUUCGCUUCCAGCGCGAGUCCCAGCAGCUCAAGGGUAUUAUCGAAUCUUUGCAGAGCGAAAAUUAUUAUCUGCGCGAGGUCGUCUUCUCGUUCGAGUCCGCCCUGGGCAAGACCGGCAAUGCUGCUCUUCUGCAGGAUGUCAAGGCCGAGCUCUACAGGCGCCAUUACGAGAACCACGCCGCCCGCAAGCUGUCGUUCUCGGCCCCCCAACAACAUCCCUCACCUGCUACCUCCUCAAUGACAGCUGACAGCCCUGUAUUGGCCCCUGCGCAGGUACCUGCGCCCUCCCCCUUGCCUGUUCCCAUGCCCGGACCCGUCCCUGUUGACGACAGUAUCCCCCAUGCUACACAGGUCCAGAUGCUGAACCAAGCGCUCACUGCCGCUAUGGCUGCCCAUGCCGCUGCAAUGACUGCCAAUGCCAGUGGCACCUCCAGCGCCAGUGCCAGCGUCAACGCCAAGGCCAACACUAAUGCUGUCAAGCAAGCAUUUGUUCCCAGCCAAAUGCCACUCAAUAACAUGUCUUCAUCCUCCCCAACGCCUUCUACCACAUCCAAUGCGUGGACGCCAUUUGGACUCGCUGAUCCUCAAGAUGACAACAUUUUCUCAAUGAACAGCGACGUACUUUACAAGGCACCAUCAAUGUUCUCUCCUUCCGGCUCUGAUGAUGGCAAGAUGAAUACUCCCGCCGCGCCUUUCGAUCCUCUUGCGGCCGCCCGUUCAAACCUGACUGCAUCCGCCAGCUGGCUUCCGAAGCAGACAUUUGACGACCUUCACGCAACGCUUUUUGCUCAGACCAACCUCCAGUCGGGCGGCAAUGGCAGCAGCAGUGGUGGUGGUAAAAUGUCGUCUCCCCAGAAUGUAACAGCGAAUGCAAACCUAUUUGGCCAACUCCAUGACCAGACAGCGUUCUCUCCCAACCAGAACGGGUUCACCUUUUCAGUGGGUUCGAUGGACAAUGGAUUCUCAAGCCAUACGCCUUCAUUCCUGGAUUCGGAUGAUGUAGACACGAACGAGUUUAGUAUGGCGACCCCGACCAUGGCAUUUGAUGACGGCUUGAAGCAGAAUGUCCUUCCAAGCUACCGCCUUCAAAUGGAGCUUCGCACGCUCGCCUCUGCGCCUCCAGCGACGGACCCUUCGAUCGACCCCAAGAUUUAUGCGAUACCCCACGACACCCGCAUUGACUUGAUCCCGUGCCCCAAGCUCCGCGCCAAGAUGAUUAUUCAUCAGCACGAGUACGACAUUGAGGAGCUUUGCCAGCUUUUGCUCGACGGCGCCAUUUGCCACGGACAUCCAUUGGACCCACACAAUUGGGAGUUGCCUGGCGCAUUCUUUGACCGCUACGGAUACUUGAUGGGACAGGAGUUGAUGAAAUACAAGAACAAGGUGUGGCCCAAAAAGACCGAGCCCCAGAGACAAAAUGUUUUUAGGAACUUUUAA